UGAAAAACCAAGAUGAUUUUGUUGGACUAAGUACAGAUCCACAGUAAUCUGAAGUAGACUAAAGGUAUUAGAUCACAGUAAUCUAAAGUAGACUAAAGGUAUUAGAUCACAAUAAUCUAACGUAGGCUAAAGGUAUUGGAUUCCAGUAAUCUGAAGUAGAAUAAAGGUAUUGGAUCACAUUAAUCUAAAGUAGACUAAAUGUAUUGGAUCCCAGUAAUCUAACGUAUGCUAAAGGUAUUGGAUUCCAGUAAUCUAAAGUAGACUAAAGUAUUGAAUCCCAUUAAUCUAAAGUAGAAUAAAGGUAUUGAAUCCCAGUAAUCUAAAGUAAACAAAAGGUAUUGCAUCCAAGCGUUAGCCAUCGCUUAAAUCUAACUGUUAUUUCAGAUAUACAAUUUGACAAAAAUUCUAGCUUACAGUGAACGUGUGGUUCAUACUUCAUAUUUGGAAUGACCCCUGGCUAAUGCUGUGUUGGAUGCUUCACUUCAGGACGCCACAAAUCAGUGCGUUAGUUAGUUACUAAUUAGGCAUCAAAUAAUUAAAACUCAUAUUUUAAAAGCAUUUCCAAAUCAAGGCCAUUGUCGUUUGUGUGUGUGUAUGUGUGUAUGUGUGCAUGUAUAAAUGUGUGUCUAUCUGUGUGUGUGUCUGUCUGUAUGUGUGUGUCUGGUUUUUGCGUGUCUGUCUGUGUGUGUCUAUCUCUGUGUAUGUGUUCAAUAUGAUGCAGAGCUCACCAAGCAAACCACUCCAGUUGUGCAGCUUUCCCAAACCGUUCUUCAUAGACUUCCUCAUCCCCCCGAUGCCUCAAUAUGUUGUCACAAACAACUUUAUUGUCAUUGUGAUUGCGUCACGCGCACUAAACAUUUUUAUUCCCAUUGUAGCUACGUCGUCCGCCAUGGCGACGUACCUGUUUAUUUAGUCUCAGGAUACCAUCUCACACCACUUUGAGUUUAAAGGUUGCGAAUGCUCAACUAACUUUCUGAGGACGCCACGCGCGCUCACUCAGCGUGCUGUAUUACCCCUGCUAUUGGGUUGUUGCUGUUGUUGUUUUUUUUUUGUACAUGCAUUGAACGAUUAUCCUUUACAGUUCGUAUUUCACCACACUCUUGCUGACCUGGAGGUGAAAACUAACACGGCUCUGGUUCUGGUUCUGGUUCUGGUAAUGUUUUCGUAGCUGCAUCCAUGUACUGGCAUCUUUGCAACGGUUGGGGGUAUGAUGUUGCUAUUCUAACAGCCCCUAGCUGAUGCCAGGGCAGCCUUGAAGCUUUCAGCCGAUGUCGAGUUCACAGUGGCAUCGUCCAGGUGGUUCCAUGCUAUUAUUGUGCGUGGUAAGAAAGAUUGUUGAUACUGCACUGUGUUGCUCUGAGGCCCUUUGAAGCAUUUGCUAUUGUUUCUGGUGUAAUGGUCAAUGGUGAAGUCCUUGUUCAGUGGGCGUUUUGCUCUGAUUAGUCUAUACCCGGCUUCUGUGGGGUGAGGUACGUGCUUGAGGACAUGCGAGAUACACUGCAGCUCGUACUCAAAUAUAUGUAUAUUUUAUUUUUAUAAAUUUGAUGGAUUAUUAAUAUUUAAUUAAAAAACUGUGGUGACCCUGCAACAUGCAGAUCGUAUUCAAUGUUUGGUAAAUGUUGUUUGUUUGUUUUUUUUGUUAUAAAACUGCAGUUUUCAUAUUGACAUUAAAACGCCAGAUUCAAUUUUAUUUUUCUUCUCCAGAAAAUCUAAAAAUCGCUGUUGACAAGAAAAGGAAUCGCUGAUUCAGAUCUGACUGGCGUCAUGGACACGAAUCUGACAGUUUGCUGUUACCUCGUUGUCAUUAUUUUCACGUGCGGUUGGUUAUUCCAUGAAUCAUUUCUUCUCUCAGAUUCUUUAAACGCGUUUUAUGUCCUCGUGAGCGCUUGGCGCUGUGCUCAUGAGGUCCUGGCGCUGUGCUCAUGAGGUCCUGGUGCUGUCCUCAUGAGGUCUUGGCGCUGGGCUCAUGAGGUCUUGGCGCUGAGCUCAUGAGGUUCUGGUGCUGUCCUCAUGAGGUCUUGGCGCUGGGCUCAUGAGGUCUUGGCGCUGGGCUCAUGAGGUCUUGGCGCUGGGCUCAUGAGGUUCUGGUGUUGUCCUCAUGAGGUCUUGGCGCUGGGCUCAUGUGACGAAGACCAAGCAGACCCAAACAAUUUUUUUCCGUGUUUUUGGGGCACAGUGGGUGGUGUUUGAAACGCUAAUUUAACAGGGUGGAGGUAAGGAUGUAGAAGGUGAGGUAUGCACAUUAGAGGUAAAAGGUGUAGUUUUACACAUAGAAGGUGAUGUAUUCAUAUAGACAUUGAGGUGUACAUAAGGCAGGUGGGGUAAACAUAUAUAAGACGAUGUAUACAUACAGCAGAUAACCUAUACAUAUAGAAUGUGGCAUAUGCAGAUUAGUCUGAUUUAGCUGACGUGUCAAUUUCAACAUUUUCCAGCAUUGCGGGCCCAGGCCUUGGACUUGGGUGACAUCCCCACGUUCCCGGAUGUCGUCCCCAUGCCACUCGAGGAGGCGUGCAUGAGGUACCUGUCGGGCUGCAAGGCAAAGACCAACUAUACCGAUGACCCCAGGUGAGUUGCGUUCUAGGGAUACACGUCUCGAAAUGAAACGCACCAGCUCAGUGGCCAAAUAUCAGCAGCAGGGCCAUUUAAAAAUUUGAGAGCCCAAUUUCUUUUCAAGAACCUGUCAAGAACUAUUUUUUCGGAGUCAAAUCCGAUUUUUGCCCGACUGGCCAAAACGCAAUCAGGUCGCUAAAGAGCCGCAUGCGGUUCGCGUGCCGCGAUUUGCCAACCACUGCGAUAAGCUCAUGGGUACGGAAAGUACAUCACACGGUUGUGAGACCGAAUGCAUAAUGUCAUAACAAAAUAUGUCUUUAUGUGAUGUAAGUUGUUUUUUCCUCAUAUAGUAGAGUAUUUUGAUCCGGUCUACGGGUCGUAGUUAGACUAUUAUUCUAUCUUGUGUCAUGAUUUAUUGCGAACCCUUAAGAGAAAGACAUGGUACCAGGCAAUGUCUUGACUUAGAGACAGAGGUGGAUGCUGUCAAAAUUUUGACUUAGAGACAGACAUGGAUGCAGGCAAUGCCUUGACUUAGAGACAGACACGGAUGCAGGCAAGUUCUUGACUUAGAGACUGUUAAGGAGAUCACUUCGGGUACCGGAGGCCGGAUGGAUCGGCUCAACCAUCAGAAUAAAUAACCAAAUAAUUUUCAUUCCAUGGAAACAAUUAUUUAAAAUAUGUAAGACACACUUUUGCCACUUGUUGAAAUGUAACAGCAGGUUACAAUAAUUUAAUUGAUCCUGCAAAUUGGACAUAAGGAUUCUGGUAAAGAUCCGAAUGCCCUAAUCGCUUGUUUCACAUUAAUGAAACGUACUCUGGCCAUUUUUCUAACAUGAUGUCCUGGAAUUGAAGGUCUAGGUUGGUACUCUCUAUUGCCGAAAUUGAUUGAGUGGUGUAUUGGCGUAGCAAGGGGUAAAUGCCAUCCGGAGUAAAUGCCAUCCGGGGCAAAUGCCAUCGGGAUUGGUUAAGAUUUAUGCUGCCCCUCUCCCACAAAAAAUGGACUCUGCAGUUGGCCGAAACUGCCACCCGGGGCCGAACGCCCCCUAACCUCCACCCCCUUCCCACACCAGUAGGUUGGUACUCAUUAGAUCAGUGUACAAAGCAUCCAUUUAUAUAGAUAGUGCUUAUAUGAUUGUGUUGCACAGCGAUCGCUUGCAUUUUAAGUUUAGCUAGUAGCUCAUUGAUUGAUUGGUUGUAACAUACUCUCAUAGUGUUUCACUGGCGCACAUAUCGGAUAACUCUUUAAAAAAAACAAGAUUUCGUACGAAUACUUUAUAUGUGCUCUUGUUCUCUCCCGUCUUGACUACUGCAACACUUUUCUGGCAGGUUCACCAAAAGAUUUCAUAGAAAAUCUGCAGAAAGUUCAAAACUCAGCCGCUAGGAUAGUUCUAAAGGCAAAGAAACGUGAUCACGUCACUCCACUACUUCACUCACUUUAUUGGCUCCCUAUACAGGCACGCAUUGAUUACAAGCUGUCUGUUCUCUGCCACAACUUUUUCUCUGGUUUCUGCCCUUCCUAUCUAACUGAACUUCUUUCUUUCUAUUCACCCCCUUCAAAGGCUUCGUUCCUCCGCAGACACACGUAUUCUUUCUGUUCUCCCCCAUUACACAUCCGCAAUAUACCGACCAUCCCAGCCUCCAAACUGCCCGCGAGACCCAUCUCUUCCAACUCAACUAUACCGACCCAUUCUCACCCCCCUCUAACUGAAAAACAAUGUUCGAUGCUGCUGGGUGCUGUCUAUGGCUAGAUAAGGGUGGUAGUACUUGGGUGGGUGAGGUCAAGCUUUUUACAAAUUGUUGUUUUUAAAAUGUAUUUCGUUUCUGUAACUGCUAAUUUUUAUGUGAAGCGCAGCGAGCCUAGCCCUAUGCUGCGUUGCUGCGCUCUAUAAAACGACAUUAAUAGUAAUAAGUGGGCCGUAUUUUGCCUACCACUGCCCUAGACAAUAUAUUGAAAGAACACAUUGUUAACAUGAGUUUCAAUUGGCUGCAAAUUGCGUAAAAGUAAAGCAAAUUUCUCAUGAACUCUUACAGCAAACAGUUACAAGUUUUGAAAUCAUGCAUGGUACAAAACAGUUGCCCCAGACUGAGCGAGGAAUUCCUAAACAAAGUAGUGUACGUGGAGAAAAAACACAAACCUGGUAUGUAA